CAGCGCGCGGCUGCUAUCAGCGCCGUCGUGUGGCUGCUAUCGACCAGCGCCGCUGGCUUCGACAUGCGCUCGUGCGACGCGGCGCUGGGCAUGCAGUCCGGAGACAUCCCCGACUCCGCCCUGAGCGCCAGCUCGUCCUACGUGCCCAACGUGGGCCCGCGCAACGGCCGGCUGAGGACGGAGCGCACGGGCGGCGCCUGGUGCCCCCGACUGCCGGUGGAGAGCGGCGUGCGGGAGUUCCUGCAGGUGGACCUGGGCCAGGUGCACGUGGUGACGGGCGUGGAGACGCAGGGUCGCUACGACCACGGCCGAGGCCAAGAAUACGCCGAGGAGUACACGCUCGAGUACUGGCGACCCGGCCUGCACGAGUGGAAGGAGUACAGCCGCUGGGAUGGCAAAAAGAUCCUGAGCGGCAACACGGACACGUCGACGGUGGUGAGCCACCGCCUGAUGCCGGCCUUGUUCGCAAGCCGCCUGCGGGUGCUGCCCUACAGCGUGCACCGCCGCACCGUCUGCCUGCGCGUCGAGCUGCGCGGCUGCCUCUUCGACGGCGGGGUGGUCAGCUACCAGAUACCCGAGGAGCCGUCGGCGGACCCGGCGCAGGACCUCACGGACCCGCCCUACGACGGAGAGCGACGCGAUGGCCUGCUCUGGGGCGGCCUGGGCAUGCUGGUGGACGGCCAGGUGGGCGGUGACAACUUCCGCCUCGACAUCGGCUACGGCAAGGGGAACGGUUGGGUGGCGUGGAAGAGGGCGUCUUUCCCAGACAACUAUGUGGAGAUGAUCUUCGAGUUCGACGAUGUCCGGAACUUCAGCGCAGUGCACGUCUUCACCAACAACUUCUUCAGCAGAGGAGUGCAGGUGUUCAGCAGGGCGAAGAUCCUGUUCAGCAACGGCGGGCAGUUCUACAACGGCAAGCCGCUGUCCUUCUCGUACAUGCCCGACCCGGCGCUGGAGCACGCGCGGAACGUGUCCGUCCGCCUGCACCAGCGCGCAGGGCGCUUCCUCAAGCUGCGGCUGUACUUCGCCGCCGAGUGGAUCAUGGUCAGCGAGGUGCUCUUCGAGUCGGCUGCCGUCGACGGCAACUUCACCGACGAGGCCGCCAGCAGCCACGAGGACGUCCUGACUGACCCGGAGGGCGCGCGUACCCGCUGGGACUCCUUCGAGACAAUGACGGCCCCGCGGGGCGACCAGGGCUACGUGGAGGCGGUGGUCGGCGUGCUGACGGCGGUGUCGCUGCUGCUGCUGCUGGUGUUCGUGGUGAUCCUGGUGGUGAGCCGGCGCCAGAAGCUGCACGGCUCGCCCACCUUCCUGCGCACCAUGAACAUGAAGGACCUGCUGAUGACGCUGUCGCCGCUGAACAGCUCUGGCGUGGUGCCGGUGAGCGGGCAGCCCACGCCGACCAGCCAGGACCCGUGCAGCAAGACGCCGUCUCUGGUGUUCCACUCGGCGCCGCCGGGCCGCGACGAGGCCAGCCUCGCCUCGCUGUGCAGCGGCGCCGGCAGCCAAGUGUUCGCGGUGGAGGAGGCGGAGGCGGCGGAGGCGGUGGCUGGCGGCGGCACCGCCCCCGAGGCUUGGCAGCCCCGCGGCCUCCGGGCGUCGGAGACGUGCGCGCAGCUGCGCUCCCUGGGCCGCGACAGGAGCCAGCUGCAGCUGCAGGCCGCGCGCUGCGCCACCGAGCCGUCCAGGAAGCGGCGCUUCCACACGUCGCCCCGCGAGAAGCAGGCGGCGCCCCCGCUGGUCACCAGGUGGAACCUCGUGCCCAGCGAGCAGCACGCGCACAAGUGCCGCGAGGCCGACCUGGCGAUGGUGCCCCGCCAGUGCCUGCACGUCACCGAGAAGAUCGGCUCCUGCCACCUCGGCGAGGUAGUGCUGUGCGACGCGCGGCGGCUGGAGGGCGUCGUGGCCGAGUGCGGCCGCACGGUGGCCGCGAGGAUCCACCGCGACCCCUCCGCCGACGACGGCGCCCUGCUGCGCGAGGCUCGCUUCCUCGCCGGCCUCAGGGACCCCAACGUGGCGCGCGUGCUGGGGCUGUGCGCGGACGAGCGGCCGCCGUGGACCGUGACCGAGUACUGCGACAUGGGUGACCUGGCGCACUUCCUGCAGUACACCGUGCACCGCGAGACCACCAUCCUGCCUCCUUCCAGCAGCGUGCAAGCGCUCAGCAUCGGAUGCCUCACUUAUAUGACAGUGCAAAUCGCUUCAGCAAUGAAAUAUCUGGAAUCGAAACAUGUGGUCCAUAAAGAUUUGGCAGCAAGGAACUGCCUGGUCGGCAGGGGAUACAAAGUGAAGGUGGCCGACAUUGCGAUGUGCAGUUCGCUGUACCACAAGGACUACACAGAGCUCGGAGAGCGGCAGAUGGUCCCAAUCAGAUGGUUGCCGUGGGAGAGCAUAGUUCUGGACCGCUACUCGUGCGCGGGCAACUCGUGGUCCUUCGCCGUGACGGCCUGGGAGGUGAUGAACCUGGCGCGCGAGAAGCCCUUCCAGCAGCUCUCCAACCAGGAGGUCAUCCUCAGCGCGGACCGCAUGUACUACGGCGAGGAACUCCAGGUGCUGCUGCCGAAGCCUGUGGCGUGCUCCGCGGACAUGUACGAGCUGCUGUGCGAGUGCUGGAGCCGGGACGAGGACCUGAGGCCCACGCUCAGGGACAUCUACACCAUCCUCAAGAGGAAGAUAGUCGGCUACCGCCCCGGCGACUGAGCGGGGAUCUCCUCCUCCACGUCAGCUUGCUUCAACGUCAGAACAUUGUGUCACACUUGUGCUGGAUCCUUCUUCUUUAACCGGACUCCUACCUCGGGCUGGGAAAAGGAAAUCAAUACUAUAGGUCAUGUACAACAAUAUUUCGUAACUCGAGUGAUAAGUUCGUGGCGCAUGACGUCUUUUCGGACCAAUUUUUUUUCUUCUAUGGUUCCGAUUGAACUUAAAUGUGUUUUCGUGUUACAGGUUUCUGACCAAUGUACGCUAAUAGUUCGAAGUCAUGUAUAGCUGUAGCAUUUUAAAAGCAUUCGAGUAGCUGUCUCGGAAAAUCCUUUUUGGGGGAUGAUUUGCUGCUUGUUUGAAAAAUAUUCUAGAAAAAAAUGAAGUGUCUACAGAUUUAAGUUUUAAAAGUUGUUUUUUUUUUUUCGCAGAGAGGUUAUUUAAUACUUGAAUCCUACCAAUACAAUCCAAGCAAAAAAAAAGAAGGUACAUGUAUAUAAUUAAUAUACCUACCCUAUUUUAGUAGGCAUUAUGUGUUAUUAAUUUCAAUGAGAAUCAGUUUUAUAAGCUUCUUAGUAAUGCAAAAGCUACCAAAUAGAUAUGAUCUAAUCUAAUCUAAUCUAUGCCUUAAAUCAUCUAAAAGCAGUUCAAAUCAGUACAGGCAAACGUUUCCACGCGCACAGUGCAUAGGUACAUCUGCGCUCAAGAUGUAAUGCCCUUCAUAAUAUCUUUGGCUUGGUGCUGAAUUGCACACUUGCCAAGCCACACAUAUUCCUAACAUAUCAUUUGUAGUAAUGCAACUUAAACUUUUAACAAAAUGAGUACUUCCUUUGUGUUUCAACGCCAUGAAAUUCUGGGACGUUUAUUACACACUGAAUCAGAGUCCUCAUUGGUUUCCAUAUGCCGAUCAUAACCCUUAUUUUUCCUUGGAAAGAAUCACUUGUGUACAACAAAAAUUGCAGAGCUAUCUAGGCUGUUAAUAAAUAGCAAUUCUUACCGUAUAACUGCAUCGCGCAAGACAUCUAGAAAGCACUACUAGGAUGGGAUUUGUAUGUCAAAAAUUUAACUUUGUUGUUUCUGUUUUCACUGCGCUUCCACUGUUCCCUUAAACUCUAUUUUAUACGUAGUAGAAUGUAAAUAUCAGUACCCUAGAUGUGUUUUAAGUGGAAAUAUUUCAACAACGAAUCUAAGAAAUGUGGUUAGUACUCGUAAAGGAAACUGGAAUAUUUGUGAAGCAAAGGGAUGUUCUAGUAUUUAAAAUGUUUGUCAUUGUGGUGUAGAUGGUUGGGUUUAUUUUUGAUAUUCCCUCAUAAUAAACCAAAUCUUAAAUUGUAAAUGUAUUAAAUACGCGACAUUUUCGUGAACAUCUAUAAAAAUUUGAUGCCAAAUUUUUUUCUCGCAGGAUAGUUGUCACGUGUGAAGGAAUUCUCUUGAUGUAGCUAACAUAACAUAAGUUUUUUUAUUCCUUUUCAAAAUUCACUUAAAUUAAACUUGUAAAAUUUUACGCAGAAUUGUAAAUGUGGCUGUAGAGCUGUAAGCUAUGUAUCUGCUGUUCAUAUAAAAAAGACCAGGUGUUGACAGUAUAAGGAUACCCAUAUUUACAGUUCUAUUGAAUGUUUAAUGAAAAUGGCACCGUUAGUAGAUUAAAAGUACUUGAAUUAAGUGAUCUGUUUUCAAAAGUUAAAACAAAAUUGAAACAGUAGUCCAGCCACUAAAUGAACUAAAAGAAUAUGAUAGUAACAAAAUAAAGAUAAAAAAUACUGUUACAUAGACACUUGUACAAAACCGUGCGCUGGAUACAUCCGUACUUCCUGCUCAUGUCGGCUCGCCAGUAUUUUUAAACGAGAGAGAGAGCCUAUACACGUUUGUUUUCCCGCCCCACACCAACGCUUCCUGCGAUCCCGGGGAUAAACAAAACACGAGCGCUUAUCCGCGCGAACAUCGAUUCACACGUUGUGAACAGCGACGCUACCGUCGCUACAGGGUUCAUACAUACCAGUUCUUGUUUUCUGCGCGUGGCUCUUUAAUUUGCGUACUCUGUUGAAGGUUUUGGCUUAAAAUUAACCAAGAAUUGUGAAUACAAUUUAUUUCUGUGAUUUUUGUUAAAUUAAGGACUAUUUAUUUGAAAAAGGAACUCAUAAAUUAUAUCUUGCAGUAUCAAUAAACCUUCCAGACUUGUUGAGUAUACACCAAAAACACUAUUCUUCCUUGCACUUGGAUGUCUAGCCUUUUUAGAACGUAAUACAGAUCUCGGGUAGUUGUUUCUACACAUAAAAAAAAAUGUUAGUACUCAUACAAAAGCUUCCUUUGAAAAUAAUUGGCAAAUAAUUAGUUUGUAAUACUACAGGAAAGAUAUUGUAACUUAGAACAACACAUGGCUAUGGCUAUUUUUGCAUAUAUGAAGUACGUUUUUCGAGAUAAUACCGAGUAUUUCUUACAAAUUUGGCACAUAAUUUUAUAUUUUAAUUGAUGUUUUAUUCAAGCAUAUUUAUUUAAAUCGUGAAAAA